ACCAGGAAGAAAAAAAAUGUUUCAUUAAAAUUAGAACGGAGAAUCGACUGCUGAAGCUCUUGAUUUUUUAGAUUUUUUUGUUUUUGUUUUUAAAGCCUAAUUCACCUUAAAGAAUCUCAAAAGCAGCCUCAAGGGAAAGAUCUGUGAAUUUUUGUAAUGGAAAGCGGUAGCCUCUAGGGCCCAGAGGAUAUGCAGGGAGGCAUUUUCUCCUGCUGGUGCAGCUGAGAGCCAGCGAGAGAGAGCGAGACCUGGAAAUGAAAGUAAAGAGAUCAGGAGGCACAUGGAGGGAGCUGCAGGGGCAGCCGAUCCAGAAGCAGAAUGCUGCCUUCUAUAAUUAAAUAGCACUUAUUAUUAUUAUUACUUCUAGUAAUAAUACAUUAAUAAUAUCUCUAGUAAUAUAAUACCAUUUAUCAAGGAAAGUUUAUGCCUAGUGUGGGAGGGAAAACCCGAGGAGAGCAACCAUAAUGGAGAGGCAGAAGAGAAAACAAGAAAUAGAGAAAGGACUACAGUUCAUUCAGUCCACAUUACCCCUAAGCCAAGAAGAUUAUGAGGCCUUUUUGCAGAAGCUGGUGAGAAACUUGUUUGCAGAGGGCAAUGAUUUGUUCCGAGAGAAGGAUUUCAAGCUUUCGCUGGUCCAGUAUGUAGAAGGGCUGAAUGUGGCAGAUUAUGCAGCCUCGGAUGAGGUGACCAUCCCCAAGGAACUCCUCUGCAAGCUCCAUGUCAACCGAGCUGCCUGCUACUUUGCCAUGGGGUUGUAUGAGAAGGCGCUGGAAGACAGCGAGAAGGCUUUGAGUCUCGACAAGGAGAACAUCCGAGCGCUAUUCCGGAAGGCCCGUUCCUUAAAUGAACUUGGAAGACACAAAGAAGCGUAUGAGUGCAACAGCCGAUGCUUGCUGUCCCUCCCACAUGAUGAAAGUGUCACACAACUGGGGCAGGAGCUUGCUCAGAAGCUGGGACUGAGGGUUCGAAAAGCAUACAAAAGACCUCAGCAGGAGUUGGAAACAUUCUCACUACUCAGUAAUGGCACUUCAAUCAAUUCAUCAAACCAGGCUACUUCCAAUGGAUUGGGCUCAAUAGAUGACAUUGAAACAGACUGCUCUAUGGACCUGCAGUGCCCCCCAGCUCCUGUGGCCACCUCCAUCCCUGUGAAUGAGGGGCUGGCCCCUUUGCCUCCUGACUCAGAUGCAAAGGGCUUGCCCACCUCGCUUCCUGCUGCCAGCUUGCUCCCAUCUCCAGACUGUGUACCCUUGCCAGUGCCUGAGAACACAGAGGACUUCACAGAUGGGGACAUCAUUGGGGAAGAACUAGACUCCCUCCUGGAUUCACUUGCUGAAGGGACACCAUACCCUCUGUCUCUGGUCCAGGGCACCAUUCCCACCAGCCUACCAACAGAGAUGCCCCAGUUGAUUCCUGUGUUUCCGGGGGGAACUCCGCUGCUGCCUCCAGUUGUGACAGCUAGCAUCCCUGUCUCUACCCCUCUGCCACCUGCCUCCUUUGGCCUGGUGAUGGAUCCCACCAAGCAGCUCUCCUCCUCCUCUGUCCUGGAUGCCUUCGAGGCCCCACCAGGAGGAAGUGGCAGCUCCACUUUAGAUUCGCUGGAUUCCCUGGAUCUGCUUCCAUACACAGAUACAAGGCUUGAUGCCCUGGACUCCUUUGGGACAAGCAGGAGUUCGCUGGAUGCCUUGGAUUCCUUUGCCAUUGAAGAAACUAGCUCUCAGGAACUGCGACACCCACCUGGCAGCCAAAAACCAGCCCCAGUGGUGAGUGAGCUACUGCCCCGUGCUGACGUCCCAGGGUGCUCUGGAACCAAGGUCAGCCUUGGUGGAGGGAGUCACCCAGCUGUGCCCAAGGCCACCGAGCACCUGCUGUCCCAGCCAGAACCAGUAAUGCCCAACACGGCUCUGCUGGUGAAGAACCCCCUGGCGUCUACUCAUGUUUUCAAACAAGCCUGUCAUAUCUGCUACCCCAAAACAGGGCCCAAGGCAGGUGAUUACACCUAUCGGGAAGGCUUGGAGCACAAGUGCAAGCGGGACAUCCUGCUGGGCAGGCUGAAGAGCUCUGAAGAUAAGACCUGGAAGAGGAUCCGUCCUCGCCCAACCAAAACCAACUUUGUAGGAUCCUAUUAUCUGUGCAAAGAUAUGCUUAACAAGCAGGACUGUAAGUACGGGGAUAACUGCACCUUCGCGUACCACCAGGAAGAGAUCGACGUGUGGACGGAGGAGAGGAAGGGGACCCUCAACCGUGACCUCCUCUUUGACCCGCUAGGUGGGAUCAAGCAGAGCAGCCUCACAAUUGCCAAGCUCCUCAAGGAACAUCAGGGCAUCUUCACCUUCCUCUGUGAGAUUUGCUUUGACAGCAAACCCCGGAUUAUCAGCAAAGGGACCAAGGACACACCAUCUGUCUGCUCCAACUCCAAACACAUUUUCCAUGACAACAAGUGUCUGGUCCACAUUGUUCGUUCCACCUCCCUGAAAUAUUCCAAGAUCCGUCAGUUCCAGGAGCACUUCCAGUUUGACGUGUGCCGACACGAGGUGCGUUACGGCUGCCUGCGUGAGGACAGCUGCCACUUUGCUCACAGUUUUAUUGAGCUCAAGGUCUGGCUGCUGCAGCAAUAUUCAGGAAUGACCCACGAAGAUAUUGUGCAGGAGUCCAAGAAGUACUGGCAGCAGAUGGAGGCACAUGCCAGCAAACCAGCCAACAGCGUGGCUUCUCCCCGGAAUCCCAUGUCAAGCACCUUUGACCUCCAGAUGAAAUUUGUGUGUGGCCAGUGCUGGUCGAACGGGCAGCUGGUGGAGCCAGAUAAAGACCUCAAGUACUGUAGUGCCAAAGCCCCCCACUGCUGGACGAAGGAACGCCGUGUCCUGCUGGUGAUGUCCAAAGCUAAGAAGAAGUGGGUGUCAGUCCGACCACUGCCUUCCAUCCGUAACUUCCCACAGCAAUAUGAUUUGUGUAUCCAUGCACAGAAUGGCAGGAGAUGCCAGUAUGUGGGCAACUGCUCCUUUGCCCACAGCCCUGAGGAGAGAGACUUGUGGACCUUCAUGAAAGAAAAUAAAAUACUAGAUAUGCAGCAGACCUAUGACAUGUGGCUAAAGAAACACAAUCCUGGGAAGCCUGGAGAAGGAACACCACUCACCUCGCGAGAAGGGGAGAAACAGAUCCAGAUGCCCACUGACUAUGCGGACAUCAUGAUGGGCUACCACUGCUGGCUCUGUGGGAAAAACAGCAAUAGCAAGAAGCAAUGGCAGCAGCACAUCCAGUCGGAGAAGCACAAGGAGAAGGUCUUCACCUCAGACAGUGACUCCAGCUGCUGGAGCUACCGCUUCCCCAUGGGCGAAUUCCGGCUCUGCGAGAGGUUCCAGAAGAACAAGGCCUGUCCUGAGGGAGAGGAAUGUCGCUACGCCCAUGGGCAGGACGAGCUGACCGAGUGGCUGGACCGGAGGGAAGUGCUGAAACAGAAACUGGCCAAAGCUCGCAAGGACAUGCUGCUCUGCCCCAGGGAUGACGACUUUGGGAAAUACAACUUCCUAUUGCGGGAUGACGUAUAGUGUGAGCCGGGGGGAGUCUGUCGGCUGCAGAAACACGGGGUGGGUUUUCCGAGGGGCAGUAGCAGGGAGAGCGAGAUCUGUGUCUCGCAAUGAGAACCUUUUCUUUUCUUUUGUUUUAAGAUUAUGAGACAAUGAUUUAUUAGUGAAUGAAUUUGUGAAUUUAAUUCUCGUUGGCCAGCGACGCCACGCUCACUGAGUUUGUGAUCCAUCUUUUCUCUCUUCUUUCCCCCAAAUUCCCCUUCCACUUCAUCUUUUUGUUUUCACUGUCCUUCAUUCAAAGGAAUUAAUUCAGUCUGUAUUGGGCUGCAAAUCAGAGAAUUUCUCCUUGUGUCAUUCUUCUGUCUUUCAAUUCAGAGUAUGACUGCAGAAGUCUGGAGGACAAAGCUGAGAGAGGGGGACAGAAAAGUUGUGGAUGCCCCAUCCCUGGAACUGUUCAAGGCCAGGUUGGAUAGAGCUCUGAGCAAUGUGGUCUAGAAGGUGUCCUUCUAAAUGACAGGGGGAUUGAAACUAGAUGAUCUUAAGGUCCCUUCCAGCCCAGACUUUUCUAUGAUUUUAUGAAAUCUGGUUAAAAGGAGGUGACCAGAAUUUCCUAUGUUCCUUUUCUCAGUGCUGCAGACUAAAUGCCACUUACUCUGCUGCAGCCCUUCUGCUCUUCUGGGAGUUUGGUACCAAAAGAAAUAGAAAUUGUGGUGCAAAGAAGGAAAACCACUAGAUUUGGCUUAAGAGAUCUAGGCUUAUGCUCUAGCUGUCUGUAUUGCCCUGAGGCAUCAGCUGGUGCUGAGGAGGAUAACAGCUGUGUGGUAUAAGGAGUGCAAGGUAAAAGCAGCAAAGUAAUGAAACUGCUUGCAGCAGCAGGAACCAGGUUGUAGGUGACUUCAAACUUCAGCUGACUGUACUCAGAAAGCAAGUUGGUGACUUCUCAUUAGAUGUCUUUUUCAGUGUAUGGCAGGUAUUCAGGGCAGAUAGCUUGGGUUUGUUUUUUUUGGCUGGUGUGACUGGUGCAAGUAAAACAGAACCCAUCUAGGAGGUGUAGUGGAGUCUGUGACACACCAUGUGUCACUGAAGUCCACACAGCAGCAGGAUCAGUCAGGAGGGAGGUGGUCACCAAAAGGAGCCUGUGUUUCUGUGUUGCCUUGUGUCCUGAAUAAAGAAAGGGAGGGAGGGAGGGAGGUAAUGGUGUUCUUUCUUACUCUUUAAAUGGCAUGUGUUUCUGGUUACUUAGAGCUGCAUUUUUCCCUGCACUGCCAGAAGAACUGGGUGGGGACCCAUUUAAAAGGCCACCAUUGCGCAGCACAGGCGAAGUUGAGCUUAUGGGAAUCCAGCUGGAAGUGCUUACCAGUACCAGAGGUCCAGCUCCCUCCUCCUCAGAGCCAGAGCAGGGAGCUUGUGGAUGCACAGUGCAACCAGGAUGUGACCCAGAGCAGGGACAGAGGUGGAAAAUGAGUGGGACCCAGCCAUGGCCUGCUCUUGUGCUGCCUCAUGUGUGCUUUGAUGAGGUAAUCAGUAAUGCUGAACUCUGGGACAGAAGUUUUGCUUUUAUAAGGGGCAGCAGUGAGAAGCAGUACUGCUCUGCAUGCCAGCCUUGUCCUUUCUGGCAGUCUCAUCCUGUAAGCAGUAAAUGUGUUCCCUGUUCUGAGCUUCCCUCUCCUUCUCUCUUCUGCAGUCCAGCUGUGCUCUGCAGUUUUGCAUGCAUGGAUGGCACCAUCCAGUCAAACACAAACACAUCUCUCUCCCAGCCUUCAUCAGGGAUGUCUUUUUCAUACAGAUUCUCCUGGGACAGCAGUCUCAGAGCCCUUGGGGCUGGCAGGGCUGUAUCCAUGGUAAAUACAAUCUGGCCGUGAACUGCUUGGUGUUUUGGCAUUGCUGCAUCCUCCCAUUCCUCUCUGCUCCCAUAUCCUUGGGGUUCAGAGCUUCAGGAGAGAUGGGAUGAGGAAAUUGGGAGAUGUGGAAAUGGUGUGGGGCAGCUGUCAUCUUUCUAAACCAGCCUUCAGGAGGGUGCUUCAGCUCCACUGGGAUAGUUUGGGUCCAGUUACGGAGCAGAGUGCUGGAAUCUCUCCAGAGACACAGCGUGCUGUAAACAAACUGAAUGCACUUCUGCAUUAGAAUCAUUUAGUUGAAAAAGAACCUCAAAGAACAUCAAGUCCAGCUGUUAACCUGGCACUGCCAGCUCCCAGACUAAAUCAUGUCCCAAAGUGCCACAUCUACAUGUAUUUUUAAAUACCUCUGGGGAUGGGGAUUCAGCCUCUUUCCUGGGCAGCUUAACCACUUUUCUGCUGAGCUUUAUUUCUUCUCCCUUAAAAUAUGAAUGGUAGUCUCUGGUUUGCUAUGAGCAAUAUCAGACAUGGCAGUUUUUGAGUGGUCAGGUGCUGUAUUUUCUCCUCUGUUCUUUGUGGUAACUAUGGUACCUUCUCCUGGUCAUCCUUGUGCUCAAGUGGUCAGCUUUACAGAUGGGAGGAGACAGGCAUCAGCUCCUGGGUUAUCUUGCUCUGCUCUUCUUGGCAGAGAUGCCAAGGAAGGAAAUCUGGAUUGGGGGACACUGGAAUGUGGCUUUUAUUUUUAAAACAAACCUGCAUCUCUAGUGUGACUGGCAUUCGCUGAGCCAUGGUUUCUCAUGUAACCUAAACAAGUUACAGAGUGAGUCACUCUCCCCUCUCCCCAUCUCUGCAAUGAGAGCUGAGCUGCUCAGUGGGGCUUCAGAGGUUCAGGCUGGGGCUGAGAUGGGGAGAGGGUGGGGUGAGAGUGAGGAGAGGUGAGGUGAGGUAGGCCCACAGUCACGGGGGUUGCAUCAAGUGUCUCUUUGUUUUCCCUGAUAUGAUAACCUGGUCUGUGGUGUUGCAGUACUUCGUCACCAGACCUGUUUUAGUGUGUAUAUAUGUGACCCUUCCCAUGAAGCAUAUAUACACAGGUAUUAAAUAUAUCGCUCUAUAUUAUAUUAUAUGUGUGUGGUAUCAAAGGAAUCUUUUAAAUGAGGGUAAAGGAAAAGGACUCAAGCCAGGAAACGCAGCAUCUCCAGUUUAAUUAUGAAGCCUAUUAUUUGAGAUAGGGAAAGGGAAAUAACAAAAGAGGAGAGGGUUUUAUAUAGAUAGGUAUAAGCUUUGAGAUGGGACAGGUUUCGCUGUUCACAUUUUUGAAACCCUUUAGGAUGUCCUUGCAGUCCCAUCUCAGUGAGAGAGUAUUAUACUGCUAACUAGUGAGUAAAGUUUUAAUAUAAGGCUUUGCUUAUAUUAUUUAAAGGGACAUUGUGAAAGGCAGGAAGUUUCACACUUGACUUCUCAGGCUUGCUUUAUCAAGCCAAGAGGGUUUUCUUCAGCACAUUAUAUGCUCUCAGCAGAAAUGCUCAGUGCUCACAGCUCCACAGAAGAUAAACCAUGAGUUGUAGAGGCUGCUUUAGUGGUGUGUUCACAAGACCCUGUGAUAACUCUCUGCUUUAUUUGUGUGAGAGAGGAAGAAGAAAAUUCUGCAGCAAAGAAUCAAAUUUGAGAGUUUUUAACAAAGGAAGUGAUGUUUUAAUUUUAUAACAUUAGAAGAAAAUCUCAUAUCCUGUAAAAUAACUACAGACAUUCACACAGAGCAGAAGCUUAUUAAAUGCUGAAGGACUUGGUGAAAAUCUUUUCCCAAAUUCUUUGGUAGGGGCAGGGAUUUAAAUGACACUGGCAUUGGCGUUAACCAGGCCUUUACAGGGAGAAGUAAAAAAAAAAAACAACACAAACCAACAACCCACCAAAAAUACCCUACUUAGAUUGUAUGAAACUGUAUGUCAAAAAUUGAUGGGUUUUAGCAAGUGAAAGGAAAAGAUAGCAAGGGGAUGCUGCAGUUCUGAGCUGGGUAGUAAUGAUUUUGAGUCCUUUAAUAUGUCUUCAUAUUAAUAUAAUUUAAGAAUACCACGCUUUACUAUUAAAAAAAGAACUUAGUAUCUUUCAUAAGGUCUAGUAUAAGGAUAAAUAUGUAGAUGUUUUAACAACAUUUUUGUUUUUGUUCUUAAAUAAAGAAAGAAAAACCAAACUUGCUUCUUUUAGCCUUUGUAAUAGAAAAUAAAAGUGUGCACUUUAAACCCUC